AUGACUGCGACGUUAAGAUCGAAUAUCCACGUACAUUUUUUGGCACCUGAUUAUUUGGAUGUUAACGAUUAUUUUAAAAAAGUAGAUGCCCAAGACUGGAAGCUUAAACAUUAUCUAAACUAUCAUUUGGAGACCGAAAAUAUAAUUCCAGCCUGGACCACUGUUUAUGAAGAUUGGAUUUAUUCACUCGACGUUAUCUCAAAAACUAAUCACAAGAAAGUUCCCAACAGUAUAAGUUCGUUUUGCAAGGAUUUAACAAAUUUCAAUACUUUUGAAGGAGAGAUAAUCCUAGAGCGUUCAAUAUAUUCAUCGCAAAAAUUAUCAGAGCUGUUACAAGGAAUGACAGAUAUAAAAAAAAAGAGAUCACAGGAUGACGACGAUGACAACAAAGCAGGCCUGUCAAAUGAAAAACGUAGUCGGCAUGAGAUGCAUGAGUACACUUAUUUAUCGUAUGAGAGAGAGUAUUAUCAACGUGAACAAGAUGAGCUACUAAUACUUGAGUGUUCAAUCGAGGCUGAAGAACCUCUGAUUGAGUGGGAAUUCAGUACACCAAAACCAGAUUGGCUAGAUAAAAUGGCAUGGGAGCAUCAAUCGUUAACUUCUACAAUGUUUUCUAAUAAUGAUCCAAAAAUUCGACAUGAAUUGUCAUCAAAUCCAAUCUUGUGGAAGAUCAUUGAUUUAUCUGAUCAAAGAAUCACGAACCUUUUAUCAGAAAAUGAAUUAUCAGAAUUAAAUACAAUAAUUUCAACUUCUCUUAAAAAUUGGACGAUCUUGGAACCUAUGGCAGAGAGAUAUCUAUAUUCUUUAGCAAAACUUGAUGGUAAUCAACUUCGCAUCAUUGGUGAAAUUGUAAGGCCCAAGGGUACACACGGUGCAAUUCUUGAACUGCAAAAAAUAUUAAACAACAUUAAAGAAAAAUCACCCGAAGAAUCUGAUGAUCUCUUUGAAGAUAAAGAUACUUUUGAAAAUGAUGAUAAAAACCUUCAUGAAGAAAUCCUAUUAUCUAUUGAAGAUCACACAAAUGCUGAUGUUGCAUUCAUUUUCGAUUUAAUUAGGUUUACAUGCAAAAUGAUCGCAAAAGGAAUCCCUCAGCGACAAAAUUCUGAACGAGAUAUUGAUAUGUUUAUAAAGAGACACGUAUUCGACACUAUCCUAGAUAGUCAUUUUGGUGAGGUAGUGUCGAGAACUUCUAGGAAUCGUCGAGUAGAAGCUAUAGAUGCACCAAGUAAUACAGAAGGAUAUCACCUUGACUGGAUGUUUACGAAACAUGAUUUAGGAAAGGAACUGUGCUGGGGUCGGGAAUUUUCACUUUGUGAGCGAACUGGCUCCAAGAGUGAAGAUACACGAAAGGUUCUUUCGAAUACUCUUAAAGUACAAAAGACCUUAAGGGAUAUGCAUCGAAAUUUAUUUGAGUCGAUAUCUGCUGAGAGUAGCGGAACGCUAUCAAAACCAGUCCUUCAUGCUAGCACCAAACUUUUGAUGCCUGGAUUUUUGUCAUCAUAUUUUUUCUUACGUAUAAUUUUAAUCAUUUACAUUGGAGGUGGAUUUUAUGUAUCUGUCAAUUUAGCGGAUUUCUACAUCCCAACAAAAUAUGAUGAACUAGAGUCAAUCCUUAAAAUCUCGCGUACAAUGCUUCAAAUAAAGAAAUUAUUAUCCACUACUAUUUCUCGGUUUAAAAGUAUGAAGAACAGAGCAGAAAAGGAAAAAUUUUCUCCGGGAAAAGUGAAAGUUCCUACUAGAAAGCAGGAAUUCAGAUCGCCCCAAAAAUCAAAGAACCCAAUUGAACAGAAAAGGCCGGAUAAAUAA